GGUGCGUGGGGUGGAGCCGUGUUGUGCCGGUGCCGGUCCGCGGGGCGGGGACGAGCUGUGCCGGAGCCGGGGUGUGGGGCGGAGACGAGCGGUACCGGUGCCGCUAUCCGGAGCUGUGCCGGUGCCGGUCCGCGGGGCGGACCCGGUGCCGUGCAGUGCCGUAGCCGGUCCGCGGGGCGACGCGCCCCUAUGAGCCGGUGAGGCCGCAGCGGUGCGGGAGGGAUGGCGGCGGGCGGCGGCGGAGGGCGACCGCCGGGCCCCGACCCCGCGCUGGAGCCCUACGUGCAGACCCGCAUCUUCAAAAUCAUCGUGAUCGGAGACUCCAACGUGGGCAAGACGUGCCUGACCUUCCGCUUCUGCGGGGGCACCUUCCCCGGCAAGACCGAGGCCACCAUCGGCGUGGACUUCCGCGAGAAGACGGUGGAGAUCGAGGGGGAGCGCAUCAAGGUGCAAGUGUGGGACACAGCUGGCCAGGAGAGGUUUCGGAAGAGCAUGGUGGAGCACUACUACCGCAACGUGCACGCCGUGGUCUUUGUGUAUGACGUGACCAAGAUGAGCUCCUUCACCAACCUCAAGACGUGGAUCGAGGAGUGCAACGGGCACGCGGUGCCCCCGCUCGUCCCCAGGGUGCUCGUGGGGAACAAGUGUGACUUGAAGGACCUGAUCCAGGUGCCAUCCAGCCUGGCCCUCAAGUUCGCCGACGCUCACAACAUGCUUUUGUUUGAGACCUCGGCCAAGGACCCACAGGAAAGCCAGAACGUGGACGCGAUUUUCAUGUGCCUGGUGUGCCGGCUGAAGGCGCAGCGCUCGCUGCCCUGCCGAGACACGGAGGGCUGGCCGGCGCAGCCCCAGCCGCACCCCCGGCGGCUGGACGAGGCCAGCGGGAAGGGCUCCUGCCCGUGCUGAGCGGGACCCGCCCGGACCCCAAUAAAGGCUCUGAGCCCCCUGUGCUCCGA